GGAAAGAGUGGGUGAGGAAGAGAGAACAGCUCUCUGUUUGUGGAGCAGAACAGGACCAUGUUGUCAGGCAGUUGUGUAAUUUGGAUUGGAGCACUGUUCCUGGGGCUUUGGGCUCCAGUGACGAGGGCUGUUGAAUUUCAACACCAUGGAUAUGGCGAGAUGGUUCGCAUUCUGUUCUCCAUCCAGAGCCAGUGCCCAUACAUCACUCGCAUCUACAGCAUUGGUCGCAGUGUGGAGGGACGCCACCUUUAUGUCCUGGAGUUCAGCGAUAAUCCAGGCAUCCAUGAAGCAUUGGAGCCGGAGUUCAAGUAUGUUGGAAAUAUGCAUGGGAAUGAGGUGCUGGGCCGUGAGCUUCUCAUCCACCUUGCUCAAUUCUUGUGUGAUGAGUACCAAGCAGGGAACCAACGGAUUACAGAGCUCAUUCAUAACACACGCAUACACAUUCUGCCCUCCAUGAACCCAGAUGGCUAUGAAGUGGCAGCAAAACAGGGUCCAGAGUCUAAUGGUUACCUCGUGGGCCGUGGGAAUUCCAAAGAUGUGGACUUAAAUCGCAAUUUUCCUGAUCUGAAUGCUCUCAUGUAUUACAAUGAGAAGAACAAUGGACAAAAUCACCAUUUGCCCCUCCCAGACAACUGGGAGCACCAGGUUGAACCAGAGACUCUUGCAGUCAUUAAAUGGAUGCAAAGUUAUAACUUUGUUCUAUCAGCAAAUCUGCAUGGAGGAGCAGUGGUGGCAAACUACCCUUUUGACAAAUCCAGAGAAGGCCGUAUAAGAGGCAGGUCUGCAUAUUCUGCCACUGCAGAUGACAAGCUGUUCAAAAACUUGGCAAAAACUUACUCCUAUGCUCACAGCUGGAUGCAUAAAGGCUAUAACUGUGGAGAUUACUUCGAGGAGGGGAUUACAAAUGGAGCCAGCUGGUAUACUCUUUCCAAGGGCAUGCAGGACUUUAAUUACCUAUACACUAACUGCUUUGAGAUCACUCUAGAGUUGAGUUGUGUUAAAUUCCCUCCGGCUAGCAAUUUGGCCAGAGAAUGGCUAGCCAACAGGGAGGCUCUGGUGUCCUACCUGGAACAGGUUAACCAUGGCAUAAAAGGAAUGGUCUAUGAUGAGAAUAACAACCCCAUCAGCAAUGCAGUGAUCUCAGUGGCAGGCAUAAACCAUGAUAUAACCAGUGGUGCAGAUGGAGAUUACUUCCGUCUACUUUUGCCAGGAACCUACACUGUUACUGCCUCUGCACCAGACUAUCGGCCAUCUACCAAUACAGUGACAGUCGGACCUGCAGAGGCUAUACAGUUACACUUCUAUUUGAAACCAGCACCAAAAGAAACAAAUUUGAAUGAGAAAGUUCAUCAAGAUAAGAAAAGCUUGUCAGCAGCCAAAGUUCCUCCAGCCAACCUUGGUCCAAGAUAAAAAUAAAAAAAGGACACCUUCCUUGGAAAAAGUUGGCAAAGGAAAUUUAGACUAUCACUGUUACAAAUGACAUCACUGAAACAUACUGUACUUCCGCAGGCCUCUGUUUGUCCUGGAUUAUUUAUAGUAUGUUUUUCUCAAGAUUCUACUGUUCUACUGAAAUUCAUUUAUAUUCAUGUAACACUUAGGAAAUGCAUGUUUUAAAUAAUGUCAGAUUCAUAGGAAGGAAUCAGCAUACAAUUCAUAAUAUAUUUUAAAUAAUAAGACAAUGGUAUGAGGUGCGAUUAGUAUUGUACAUCAGCACUUUUAAUUUAACACUCUUCCUUUGAUUAAGCAACAUUUUAUGCACACCAAAAAAAUGUAAUCAAGCAUAAUCAAAUGUAGCAAUGAAUGGGUCCUUAGUAUUGUCUUGAUAAGUUUGCAAUUACAAAUGCCAACUUCCACUGAAAAGUUAAUAUACAUAUCAUAGAUACAUUUGGGGUUUUACAGGUAGUAAGAUUGCUACAGUAUCAGUAAGGUUACUGAAAAGCACUGACUAUUCACAGAACUGUAAAGACCAUUUGUAUAUGCUGUGUAGUUCUGCAAUGAUCUUUAUAAUAAUAAGAAAUUAAUACUUUUAUAUUUUAAAGAAAUGAAUUAGGUUUGAGUAAUUUAUAAUUAAAACAAGAUGAAAAAUCCGAAAUGCUUAAUUUUUUUAUUGAUAGUUAAAUACGGAAAAUAGUAAAUAAAACAAAUCUAUUAUUAACGAAAGUGUUGGAUUAAAACUAUUUAACUACUUUAUUAUUUGAUACGUCUUGUUAUAUAUUUGAACACCAGAGGUCACUGUUGUCCACUUAAAAUGUUUCCACAUGCUAGUUUGCUAGUUUUUAGGCCCAGUUGUCCCCCUUGUAUUAAUCAUUCUAGAAGAAUUUACUGUGUUAAAAUGUAAAGGUGUAACUUUUUAAUUAUAAAUCUCUAAAUACCAAUGAUCUACA